CAAAAAAAUGGCGGGCGUGCGGAGGAGGUUCAACACUAAAAUACAUGACUCAAAAUAUCGAUGAGUUCACCUCGUUACCUAUCUUAURAAUACCUUCAAAGAAUAUUACUUCUAGGCAACUGCCGAGUUCAUUUGCCGUUAGAGAUUCAAAAAAACGGUGCCUUAGUGAUUUUUGGAUUUAUUUGAAUGGAAAACGCGUUGCAAGUCGUUUGUUGUUCUCGCGAGGAAGACGAACUUGAAAGGUCAUGACUUCUACUGGUUUGUUCCGUGGACGCCGUGUGGCCGAUCCUGUACCAAUUCAACGUGGAUCUCUCACACGAGAAACCAGAAGCAGAUCUUCCUUAAACGAUCUCGCUGCUGCCUGGGAUAACGUAGAUGAAGUCAGAACAGCACUUCAAGCGGCAGAGGCCCGUAUUCAAGAAGCCAAAUUUGAGCUGGGUCCUGGUACUAAAGAUCAAGAAAAUCUUGACGAACCAAUCGUGAGGGAGGUGUUUUCUCAAAAUCAACGACUUGGUCGGGUCUCAAGAUAUGAGUUACGGCCAACAGUUAAUAAAAGAGAUUAUUCCAGAGAUGAACAAAAUUCCUCUCUCACUUCAAGUAGUCAUAGCUCUAUAGAUAUCCCGUUAUAUCAUUCAAGAGAUGUAUCUCGGAACUCCCACAUAUCAACAAUAAAUAACAGCAACAGCAGCAAUUAUUCAGGCCGGCAGCAUUCACCUCCAACCAGAGACUUCCAAACUAAAUCUCCUCCCUAUAUCAAUAAUACAGAGGCAGUACUUGAUACCUCUACAGGAGAUCAACCUAGGUUUUCAAAAAGCAGGGAGAGCAGUAGAAUACAUGAGAGACCUGUGUUGUCUGACAUGGGUACUUCAAACUUUGAGGAUUCUCUAGAGAUGUCAAGUUUUAAUAGAAGGAGACUAGAUGCUGUCAGACCUCUGUCUUCAUUGGGACUAAAACCUGUGGUUGCUAAUAACUCGGAGGCAUUAGCUAGAUUGAAAGAAAGAAUCAAGCAGCAGAAGCAAAAGGCGCCAACAUCAACUUCAUCAAGACCAACACACCUUGAAAAUGGUGACGUAAUUAUCAAACCUUCGAAAGAAGAUGUACCUUAUGAAAAAGACACUGGGAUCAGUACUAAGCCUUUAUCUAAGAGAAAAGUAGCUGCUGGACCUACUCUGUCCAGAUACAAAGGUUUCAGUGAGCCAGGAGAGCCAUACAAGGUAUCUGUAGAGAGACAAAGGAAAGAGCAUACAAAGAAUGGAAAUAAGAGACCUAUUGCACUACAGAAACCCGCUAGUAAUGGAUACAAAACCAACAAAGGUGGUGUAAAGAUCCAGAGAAUAACAGCACCAAAAAGACCUACUAAUACCAUCACCACAACAUCAUGGAGAUCUGGACAAGAGACUGUUAAAAAAGUAUUGGGACCAACAAAUACCAGGCCAAAAUCAACAGCAUCAAACAAACCACAGUCCAAUGCCAGUCAGGAUACCACUAGCACUUCAAGCAGGAUGGAAAAACUGGAAUGGAAAAAAGAAGAAAGGGAUAAGACUAAAAAACUAAGCACACCUGUAGAAGAUAUGGAGAUUAAAUGGGAAGUGAAUGGGAUUGAAAAGAAAGAUGAUGAAAGGGAUAGUGAAGAGGAUGAUAUUAAAGAAGUUGAUGAGUUGUCUCAGCACACUCUUGAUUUGAAUCAUGAUGAUGAUGAUGAUGAUGAUGACACCAAGCUAGAUGAUGUCAAGGAAAGCAGAGUAUUAUCAGAAGAGGCCAAGAACAUCUUGUCUGACCUAGACAUAGAUAGCGAGUCUGACAACGAAAAUCAACCAGACACUGUACAACAGAAAGCAAAAAAGCUGGCUGCUGUUAAGGAAGCUAAAGCAAAGAGGAAGAAAUCUUCUCCAAACAAGAUGUCUCCAGGGAAGAAAAGAAAAGCACCUUCCAGUAAUUCAAAACAAGAAAUGAUGUACCCUAAAGCCAAAGUCAGACAUUAUGAUGCAGAUAAAGUCAAGAAAUACAUGGAAAAACAAAUUGCGGAGAGGAAGAAAAAGAUGAAAGAAGAGAAGCAACUUCAGCGGAAGGCUGUGGAUGAGCGCAAGAAAAAAUUAGAGGAGCUGUAUAACAAGCAGAAGAAAACAUUAGCUGCUAACCUGGCUAAGAAUAAGAAUAGAAUGGGAGAAACAUACUCUAUGUUCCCUGGAUUUAUCAAUGCACCCAGUACUGACCAACAGCAUCCAUAUCUUCAUCAUAUUACAGAGUUUCAAGUUGAAGAUGUUAUGACUAGUGAAUCAGAUAAAGAAAACGUUGACAUAGCAUCAUUCACUGGUCUACCCUACCACCAAGACACUAGUUUCAACAAGAACAAGCCUUAUGAUUCUAAAUCAUCAAGUGAUCUAUCAGACAAGGCUUAUCACAGACCUCCUGUCUUGCCACAUGAUAAAGAAGAGAGUGAAGAUGAAGGAGAUGUGACACUGACUCCUGUCCAUGAUGAAAGCAGUGAUACCCGAACUACUGUCAGAGAGAAGCUGGAUGGUAAAAGAGAACCAAGUAUUAGAUAUCCUGGUUUUUCUGCUGAAUAUGAAGAUUCUGAAAUAACAGAAGUCUCACAGCCAUCAGAAUCAACAGGAUACAAAAUGGUGAUGCAAGAUAAAGUAGCUUCAGUACCCACAUCAAUGACAAGUCCCAGUAGAUCAGAUAGAAUAGCAGCCCUCAGGAAUACUGCGGCUGAACUCAAGCAACGCCUUGAACAAGAAGCAAGAAGACUUGGUCUUUCCUUACUCCACCAAGCAGAGACAGAACAACAUCCAUCAUCUAGUGGUGUGUCUAAGAUGGAAACUGAAGUGUUCAGAGGGCAGUUACCAGGUGUAGAUAAUUUACAUGAACAGGCAGAGCUGAAUGAAGAACUUGACAGUAUGAACACAGCAGCAACAAAAAUCCAAGCCAUAUAUCGAGGUCACAGCACCAGACAGGGACUAGCAUGGAAGCUCCCCUCAGGACGUACCCUGGGAGCAACCUUACGUGAAGCAUGGAGACAAACCCCUUCCGACGGGAGGGAACAUUUUUCAGAACAGUCAAGCAUGUCAUCUGCUAUGGAUGCCUCUAGUGAGAGUAACGGUUCUGAUGUAGAGACAGCAUACAGUCAUGAGUCACAGCCAAGUUCAAAGUCACAGAGUUUGAAGCAUGUAAGUGUGUCAGACAGUAAACCACGUACAGCUCCACUAAGCUCAUCACCAAAAGAUAAACAAACUACGAAGAAAGAAUACAGACCAUCUACUACUCUAGGCAAAUCUUGGACAAAGCCAAAACCUCAAGGAGACAGGCUGAGUGUUAUUAAUAUCUAUGCUAGAAAUCACUUGGCUGUGAGGAAAGAUCAAGAACCAGAAGUCCCCCCAGAAGCCCAAGACGCUGGUAAUAACACUGCCAGUCUUUACUCAGAUAAGACAGGAGAAACAGCUAGUCUACUUGAAGAUGUAGAGGAUCUAAAGGACGAUACUAGAGACUUGGAUAAAACCCUAGUAAGAGAGACACCCACUGAUGAUAAUCAUGGUUAUGAGGAUGACUUUAGCCUUGAGUCACAGGACAAUAGCAUCAAGCCUUCACCAAGUCAGCCUUCACCAAGUCCAGAGCGUUCCUACACCCAGUCUUUAUCAAGUCCUACUAGAUCAAGAUCCUCUGUGCUUUCACAGUCUGACAGUGAUUACUCUCCUACAAGACCAAUACUCAAGUCCACAAUGCGUCAUAUUGAAAGUGAAGGCAGUACCUACCCUGCUCCAUCUUCAAUUCGUCCACCUCCACCUCUCUAUGCUCCUGAUCGUCAGGGGGGUGACCGCAUGUCUCCUGGAUCUCUUGAUCAGCGUUUGAUGGCUGAGCUCAACCGAUUAGAGUUCAUGGAAGAAUCUGUACGACAACUGACGGACAUCGAGAGAACAAAAUCUGUGUCAUUUGCUCAGCAGGAAACGGUAUCACUUGCUCAGAUACUGAAGGCAAAACAAUCCGCACAUGCAAGAGAUAUGGAAACACUGCAGCUCAAAGCCAAGCAAGAAAAGUUUGAAGCAGCACGUCAACUUGACGAGGCUCGAAAUAUUGCUUCUAGAUCAUCCAUCGAAGCUCAACAGUCUGUUGCCAAAGCAAAGGCAGAAGCAGCUGAUUCGAUUGCACACGCUACAGAAAGACUAGUUAAGGCUCAAGCUGAUGCAGCACGCACGAAUACUGAAGCUGCACAAAGAGUAGAGGAGGCACGUACUGAGGCUGCAAGGACUCUCUUUGAAGCAGCCAAUCAGCAGAUCGCAGAUGUUGGGAAAGUAAGUGCGUCAGCCGCAAGCGCAGCUGCUCAGGCUGCUGUCAUGUCGACACUAGAACAGUACAAACAGGAACAACGAGCACUAAGAAAACAAGACUCAAAGAGAAGAACACCUGAUAGCUAUUCUGAGUGGUCAACGAGUUUUACCAGGUCUAGGUCAUCACGGACAGCUACUGAGGGAGAGACUGGGUCCAGGAGAGGACCUUCUGGUGAUGGAUACACAAGUGACGAGUUUGAGUCAUUCAAGGAGUCUGAACGGUCUAAAAGUGCAAGAAGUGUGUCACCUCACCGAUCAGGCAGCCGAAGUUACUCCAAAACAUCACAGCCUUUCUCGGUCUCGCCUACUCGAGAGAGAUCUGGUGCGCACUCUAGUGCCAGUAUCCCAGAAGAAGUUGACCUCAGUGUGACAGAGGGGAGUCUGGUGUCUGAUGUUAUUCCUGAUGAUGAGUCCAUUGCAGAAGUGAUAUCCGAAGGCAAGAAGCCUAAAGACAAGACAGAUCACGAGUACAGCAUGACAUUUGAGGAGUCCAUGUUGUCUUCUCGUACCGUAACAGACGAUGAACUUGAUUACCGUAUGAUCCUCCCAUCAGAAGACCAUAGAAGACGUAGUAUAGGAAAAUCAUACAGGAGUGGUAGUAUUGGAUCUGAUCAUGGUACCAUAUCCUACUCAUCGGAUGAAAACCACGACGGCCAUCUCUCUGAUUCGAUGCAUGACAAGAACGCGCCAUUUUCUGGCGAAGAUUCGUUCAGUAAGUUCACAUCUGACAUGGUCAACCUGAUGAAGGAAGAAGAGGUGCGUGCGAAGCAUCAAGAGGCUCUACUGCACCUGCGCGAGAAAGCCCUGAAGGAGAAAACCAAGGCCGAGAUGGCCUGGCUCGAGUUACAGAAAAAGCGAAUGAGAGACAAGGGUUCUGAUGACGUCAUGCCGUCAAUCAGGAAACGUCAGCGAGGUGUAUUAAUGAGGUUACAAGCAGAGAAGGCUGAAAUCAAACGUCUCAAAGCAGCAAACAGAGCAGCAAGUUACGAACGUAAACUACUCCUCAUGCAACAGGAAGAGAUCGCACGACUGCGCAAAAGCACUCAGAAAAUCCGUGGAAAAGUCCGCGAGGAAGAAGCCGUAAUGUCACGUGACAAGGAUGAGAGUGCAGUAGACGUACCAAAAGAUCUUUCACCAACCAAGACAAGAGACUUAACUACACCAGAAGAGUCGCCAUCUAAAUCAUCUACAACAGUCCCAGAAGAACUAUCCGCUAUCCAAUCUGCUGCCGAUUCAUCAUUUCCCGCGUACGACGAUCAAGAACCGAGCAUAAGCGAAAGACCUCGGAAGAGAUUGUUUUCCGAAGGGGAGAGCGACGAUGGAGUAGCGAGUGGUUCUGUAGCUGCCAAGUCGAAAGGUUCGCCUACAUCAAGUGACUCGUUUGUAAUGCAACAACUCAAGAAACUAAAAAGCCAAUCGAGUGAAAGGUACCUCACUCAACGUGAGCAAAAGUUAAUGCGUCGUCGAGACGAAGCUGAAGAGCUACUGGCAUCACAACGGAAACUGAUCGAGUGGGAGAGACGUCUGGAUGAAGAGGAGAGUAAAGUUUGUAACUUGAUUAACGAAGCUUUGAAUCUGAGUCGCGAUAAUAGAGGAAAAAAGUCCAAGAGAACAAGUAAAGCCAUUGAAAGCGACGACGGUAGAGCUAAGGCCCCGUCAUUGAAUCACACGACCACACCCACCACACCCUCAGCUUCCCCAAGUAAGAGUGAACGGAUCAGCAGCCGUCAGCCAUCUGAGUACGUCAAAUUCCCAACAGGACAGCAAACAAAGUCCGAACAAAACGCGAACGAGAGCUCUAUCGCCGAAGACCUCCCGAGCAUGGCACCUGACAGGUCACGUGAGAGCUCCAUCGCCGAAGACAUCCCGAGCACAGCACCUGACAGGUCGCGUGAGAGCUCCAUUGCUGAAGACAUCCCGAGCACGGCACCUGAUAGGUCACGCGAGAGCUCUAUUCCUGAAAUUGAUAUCAAGUCCAAAGAUAGUUCAGUGACUGGUGAAUACACGAAUGAUACGUUUGAAUCGAUUGAUAGUACAAUAACGCGUUCCCACUCCACCCCCGUCAGGAUCAUCUCGUCACCCAAGACCCCUUCAAUCAAGUCUAUCAGUCGACGAUCCUCUAAGUACGAAGAGAAUAAAAGCGAAGAGGAUGCUUCUAUGACUGAAGCGUCGGAUCAUAGUGAUGUAGAAAGCCGAGUACGACAGUUGAAGGAGCAACUAGAACAAAGAAAACGAGAAGCAAAACGACUGUAUCACGAACGAAAACGACAGCGGCGCGCCAUGUUGUUGGAACAAGAAGAAACACUAAGAAAAGAACUCCAGGCUGUUGAACGUGUGAUUGAAAAAACGAAAGCCGAACUGGACGAACCCACUCCUACCGAACCACAGGCUACCCAACAAGGCAGAACGUUAUCCCAGCCAAGUUCAAGAGCAUUAAGUAUCACUGUUGAACACGACGCAAAACCUUCAUCGACCCCAGAGGAAACAAAACGUGAAGAGGACUCGGACAAGGUCGAUAGUGAAGGUAGCUAUACUCCACCCGGUGAGACAUCGAGAAAUGAGGAGGAAGGAUCGCAUGACAAGACACCGAGUGAGCACGAGGUGUACGCAGAAGAUAAAGAUUCAGUGCCAGCAGACACUAGUGAAGGCUUACUUAAGAAUCACUACUCUCUGGACAGCAAAUCAUUGGCUAAGACCAUUAGUGACGUCAAAGACCUUGAUAUCAGUGAUCGAUCUGCGUCCGUGGUUGAGGAUCUGUCUAACCACACCCUGCGCUCUUUUACAGAAGAGAUAGAAGACGAUGCCAAGACGGCUGAGGACAUCUCUAUCAGCGAGACAAGCGAGAUUCAGACCAUCUCUAAUAAAGCUGACCUUAAGUCAUGUGAAUCUGCAGCAAUAUCUGAACAAGGGUCUGUUCCAGAGGUUCUGUCAGCCAGGUCUCCUGAAGCACAACCAGAAGAUACAAGUGAUCGUUCCAAAGCUGCCUCGGAAAAGGGCUACAGUGACACCUUUGAGAGCGAGCACAAAGAUGAUGAAAAAACUGAAGAAGAUAUAAGCGAACAGAUCAGUAUUGAGGAAGAAGAGGAAGAAGUGAAGUCCAGGGAUGCUGGUAGUGAAGAGAUCGAGAAGUCAAAGGAUAACAAGGAUGAUUUGUUUGGAGUGGAAGCAAAAGAGAGAGAAAAGACUCAAGAGGAGGAGGACGAGGUCGGUAGUGAAGGUACAAUCACCGAGGACGUACCAGAAGAAAUCCUCGACGACUCCAAGGAUAUACCAGAAAACAUCCUCAAGGACUCCCUGAAAGACGAUGUAAAGAGACAGGCUAGUCUUGAUGAUAAAUUAAAUCUUGCUGUAGAUGGACCUUCGUCACCUCAGCCAUCUUAUUCUGAAGAUUUCGAACCUUCAGUUGGUGAAGACGAAAAUAAUAAAGACCAUCUCUUGGCAGAGAAUAUUGCUGGGCCGUCUUACUCCGCAGACUUUGAGCCAUCCGAGACUCAGAAAUCCAAACCAGACGACACGUUGGGUGUUGAAGAAAGAUCCCUUAAAAGUUCAAGUAGUUAUUCACCUGAUUUUGAAGAGUCGUCUUCCGAAGGCAAAGAUGAGCUGUCACCCAAGGAAUCUCACGAGGUACCCAAGGAAUCCUACGAGGUACCCAAGGAAUCCUACGAGGUACCCAAGGAAUCUUACGAGGUACCCAAGGAAUCCUACGAGGUACCCAAGGAAUCCUAUUUGGUGCCAACGCUUAAUGUAAGCGAGGCUACAGAUGAAGACAGUAUAGCAGAAGAUCUUCCAGAAGAAGACCAGUCGCUAGAGUCUGGUUCGUUAAGUGAUGCUAGUGAUGACGUUAUCCCUCGCUUCUUUGUUUCUGAAGACAAAAAACAGGCUUCGAUCGACAACAAGGUUGAAGAAAAGACUAAGCAGCAACAACAAGACGAGGAAAAGAAGGAACUACAAACACUGCAAGCAGAUAAAAUAUCGAAUGAACUGUCGAACAUGUUGAUUAAUGACGCUGUGACUUACGUCACAGGUUUGUACGAUAGACAUCAGGAACCCAACAUAGAAGAAGUCAGGGGGAAAGAAGCAGUUGAAUCCAAAGAUAAUGAAGAUGGGAAGGGCGUGCUUGAUGAAGAAAAAAAGGCUAGCAUAUGGCCUGAAGAGACCGGAGAGAUAUCAGAAGCAGAUAAUGUAUCGAUAUCUGAACGUCUAUCAUUCUCAGAUGAUGAAGAUUCCAUGCCUGGGCUAGACUUGAAACCUACUAUCGAUACUUUGAAGGAGAAGACCGAGGCACCUGUUGUGAAGGAUGGCGGGCAAGAACCUGUCAAACCUGUUGUAGUGGACAAACAAGUGCAAAGCGAAGGUGUGAUCACGAAGCUGUCAGAGGACCUACUUAAGGAAGCUGCAUCACAGAUGAUUACAUUAAUGCGCAAGAAACAGGAAAAGUUGAAACUAACGGAACAAAUCGAAAAGGAUGAGAAGGAUGAAAAGAAAAGGGAAAAGGAAACCCGUGAAGGAACUGUUCAUAGUCCAGAGCUCAGCCCACAACGAGGGCUUGAUAAGUUUAUGGCCGUUCAUCGAUUUUCAGAUGGCGUCCCCAAGCAUCAGAGUCCACCAGGAAGCCCAACUAAAGACACCGCAGCCUUUGAUGGUAACGAACUGGCAGAUAAACUUAGCCAGUUAAAGUUACUACAUGAUGAGCUGGGUGAUCAACUUGGUGAUGAUGACGACGAAGAUAAUGAUUUUGUCGUCUCGAAUAAACCGCUUGAGUUGCCGUCCGAUAAAGAGGUUUAUGAACCUCCACGCGGUCAGACUAUACCUAUGGUUGUACCCCAUGACUGUUCCGAGGUCAAGGAGAUGAUUUUUUCUUCUCUAUUGACGUUCUACAACCGCAAGAAGGCGGGAAGGUCUUUAGGUAACGUCACUCCACCACCAGAGUUCUCUGAGACUAAUGUCGACGAUAACGAUACUGAUCGAAGAAUCCAACAAGUGUAUCGUCGACAGAUAUUUGAUUUGACUGGAGAAGUUUUCCGGGAUGUUCUGAACGAGGAGUCCCCACCCUCCCAUCCCUCAUGGAUGAAACCAAGACGCAGAAGAAAGAAUCGUUUCUACCACAGUCUCUCCCCCAUGAUGAAUGAACAUGACUAUCUACCAGUCGUGCAGCAACGAGUUCUUGAUUUAGUUGGUUUAGGCAAUGAAAGACCAAGUCUCGAAUCCCUACGCCGCAAAACGCCUUUAAAAAUUGGCAAAAAGGACGCUGUGGACGCUAUUUUGAUUCAAGAACUGCGGGAGGAAGAACCGCAGUGGAUUGACUAUGAUGAUGAUGAACUAGCUGUGAAAUUCCAAGUUGCUGAUGCUAUCUUUGAUUCGUUGUUAUCCGAGACAGUUAUGGUAAUGAAUGCUGUCCAGAGAAGAAAGGAUUCCAGAAGAGACAUUGGCAGCUGACAGUGAAUGACGUUUUAUCUACGUCGUUGUCUGUGAUAUUUAUUUAGGAGGUUGUUAUGCAUAACAAGGUUAUUCCUUGAGUCGUUUUCUUAUAAGCCACCAAUUUUCUUGAGCACCGCCUUUUAAAGGCUUAAAUAGUCUGCUAUGUCACAGUACUACUAUGACUUUAGGGUGCAUGUACAAGUUGCGACAACUGCAAAGUUCCAUGAAAAAGGACAUUUUGUGGACAUUAAUAUUUUGUAAUGACUUUAACAAUUUGGUAGGGUGUAAUAAUGAAUCUAUGAAUAUUUGCUGUACAUAAGAAGCUGCACUUUAUUUUUGCUUUGUAAACAAAAAUAUAACAAAAUAGUAAUAUAUGAAAGCGUGAAUUAAAUGGUAUGUUAUUUCA